AUGCUGAGCCCCACCUUUGUUCUGUGGGAUGCUGGGCGUCCCUUAUACACUUACGGCUCCAUCAUCAUUAUUGCAUUAAUUAUGUGGCAGGUGAAAAAGAGACACCGAGAAUUAAGAUUGGGACCUACCAGGAGCUGUUCCCAGUGUCACCGGAGACUCAAACAAAGGGGCCAAGAAAGAACGUCACGAGCUGGGAGACUUUCCAGGGAAGAAGCUGAGAGGCCGAUGGAGCUGCUCUCUCUUAUGAAAAGCCAGGGCUGGCUUCCUGAGGAGGGAAGUGUGCGGCGGUUGCUGUGUGAAGACCCCUCGUGCCCCGUCUGCAAUGCUGUGGCUCUGGAGAUCCAGCAGUUGCUGGUGGGUGAGAACCUGAUCUCCCCCACAUCAUCGGGGCCAUCACAGGGCUCCUCUUGCCCAGAGAUUUUGUCCACGUCUCAUCUCUCUUUUGAACAGAGUCAGGGUUCACCACAUUGGGACCUGGGGCAGGGAUCUCAAGUGCCAGAUGUGUCCUGGGACACGGGAGCUCUGUCUUCUUCAAGCCUUGAGAAGCCUGGGACUCCUGUGAAGCAGCAGAGCAAGAGGAAGAGCAACUCCGAAUGUGUGCUGGAGAAACCAGGUCAGCAGCCCUUGAAUACCUGA